UUGAGAACAUGCUUUUUGUCGAGCAAGGAUUGCGACAAUUGGCUUCACUAAAGGUAGAGGAAGCAUUGGCGUUUGUAUUGGCUCAACAUAGGCGACCAAAUGUGUUAAGAUUUGGCUUUUCAGAUGACCUAAAACUACCGGUUGAAGGGCAGUGUGAUGCAUUUGAUUUGAGUCAGGAGGAGGCUGAAGAUGUAUCUUUUAAACAGGCUUGGCUUGCUUACAUUUGGAGGAGAGCAAAAAAUCAUGAAAUAGAACCUGACAUAGCAUACGAGCGUUUACAGUUUUGGAUCAAUCAUAACUCAAAGAUUCCUAAUUCACAAGAUGCCGUUGACGUUGAACGUGGACUUGCCGAAAUCAGAAGGUUGGAUAUUGAAACGCAACUAUGGGAUGAAUCACGCAGAGAGCUGGAGCAAGAUGCUGACAACUCCAACGUGCCUGGUCGGUCAGACUUUUAAUAUAUUUAAAUUAGGUUACAACAUUUACUUUUUCACAUUUUUUAAAUGGGUUUUGUAAUUUAGUUAAUCAAGAGUUGGAGUAAAAUAGGCUAUAA